AUUUAUUUGUAUUUUCUUUCAGCCUCUUUUCUCUCUAUCUCUCUCUCUCUCUUUUUCUUGUAUUUAUUUUAUUUUUUUAUUUAAAAGAAUGUUAUUUAAAAAGUUGUCUUUAUUAUUAUUGGCUUCAGUUACAUUAGCAUGUGAGAUGGAUUGUAGACGUGGUGUAUCUAAAGAUUUAGCUAGCUUUUAUGUUCCUGUCAUCAAGGAUACUAUUCAAAGUUUACAAUCUCAAUUAGUAGCCUCUAUUGACAAAAUCAACGUACCCGCACUCAUUACUAAUAAAGUGGAUAAAAAUGAAUUAAUGGAUGAUAUGCAGCAGACUUUGACAACGACUUUAGACGACUUUGUUACUAUGGCAUCUGCACCUUCUCGACUAGCGGAAGGAUUCUAUCAAGUUAUCUUUAAUGAAGAAUUACCUUAUAAAGGAGAUUGUAAUAAUCCUAAAAGACUUGAUAGAAAGAUGCCUAAACCAGGAGAAAGUUGGACGAUGGAAGAAUGUCGUAAAAUGGAUUAUCGUUGUGGUAAUCCACCUUCUAUUUGUUACUUUUUAGAAGAUGUGAAAGGACGUUGUGUGGGACGAAUGAAACGUCAACUUACAGAAUAUGCUUCCUUCGAUAAUGGUCAACUUGUAAAAGAAUUAGUCAUCAAUACACGACGAUCUGUUUAUAAAACCCUCAGUAAUUAUGGUGAAGGCAAAUUAAGUGAAACAAGUCAAGUAGAAGAUUAUUUGGCCAAAGUUAUCAGUUCCAUGAUUCGUACUCUAGAUAGUUGGGUAACUCAAGAUGUUAAAGAAUUAUGUAAUAAGCCUACUCAAGACGAACUUUGUAAUGGUUGGGAUGAUGAAAUUAGAAGGGAAAUUCUCAAGUGGCCUUAGAUAAAUAAGAAAAGGAUGACACUUUAUGAUGAAAGAUAUUAUUAAUAAAAAGUAGUAGUCACACCUUUUCUUUCUUUU